AUGUUCCAGAUUGGGAGAAAAGCUAACAUCGUAAGAGAGUUUAAUAGAUAUAAGCUGGACAUUAUGGGAGUGAGCAAAGUAAGGUGGACAGGCUUUGUUGAACUAAAGACAACCUCUGGAGAGACCAUCUUGUACUCUGGAGCUGAGGAACAUCAUAGAGGAGUAGGACUUAUACUUAGCAGGAAAAGCCGACAAAGCUUGAUGGAAUGGAAUCCUGUUAAUGACAGAUUCAUCAAUGCACGCUUUUUCUCCCGCUUUACUAAGCUAACAUUAAUACAAAUAUACAGCCCAACAAACGAAGCAGAUGAAGGACACGUUCUAUGA